GUGCUUGUCCCGCCAAAAAUGGCCAAUCACUUUGCGCGAUUGUAGUGGGUCGUCUAAAUCCACAGAAAUCAAGCGGGUCCGUGUCGCAACUCGGAUCGCCCUGUCUCCCGCAUCUCGUUCUUCGUCGAAGAGCUCAUUCUUUGUUUGGUUUGGUUCUGCACAGCGCGCCGCCCUCUCUUCCCUUCCUCUUCUUCGUCGACUAGUAUAAGCAUGAUGCAAAAAUCACCGUCGUGCGAAGAGCUACCGUUCCUGGCGAUGGCCAAGUCGCUCGCCUCGUCGCUGCCGUCGCCGUCACCGUCGCCCACCCACUUGCACACGUCGGCGAGCGUGCCCACCGUCGACGUGGAGGUCUCGAUCGGGUCGGGGCAGACCUUCUUCGGGUACUACGUGCAGUAUGACAUGGGCCUCACCUGCCCUGUUACGCACCGCACUUGGCGCGUCGCCAAGCGCUACUCGGAGAUGCUCGCCUUCCGGACAAUGACGCUGGCCCACAUGAACGCGGUGGCCAGUGUGCACUUGGAGGAGGCACUGGGUUUGCCGUUCCCAAAAAAACACAUGGACGCGGAAAAGCCGCAUGUGAUUGCGGCGCGCAUCAAGGGGUUUGAAGCCUUUGUCGGCCACCUGCUUGCGCUCUACACGGACGUCCGGGCGUCGGGCGCCACCGCCAUGGAGGAGGCGCUCGCGACGUUUCUUGCUGUGCCAGAAGACGUGCGGCGUGUGGUGUUUGAACCCGCGCCGACGUGCCUCGUUGGCGACGAUGACUGCACGAUCUGCCUCGAUGCGUUCGAGCACGCAGACUUGGCGGUGGCAGGUGCGAUUCUGAAGUUGCCGUGCGGCCAUUGUUUUCACCGCGACUGCCUCCACGACUGGUGCAACCGCGCCAUGACGUGCCCUGUCUGCCGCGGCCCGAUCUCGCAGAUCACGGCGCUGUACGAAGCCCACAGCGAUUAGAAGCGUGGUGCUUCUCGUCUCGUAUUUAAUCUUAUUUCAACGACCGUUUGACUUGUCAACGCUGUGUCUUGUCGUCUCGAUGCCGAGGUUUCGAUACCAUACCAUGCAUUGCAGUAGCAACCUCCGCACGAGGC